AUGGAGCUACUGGGACCGAAUGCAAUUAGAGAGAGUCUGUCUAAGCUGGCAAAUGAAAUAGAAAAUCUAUCAAAGAAUGGGUCUGCAUUGGAGCAGUCAAUUGCCAUGAACAGAAGAAAGAAUGGUUUAUUAUCAAAGGACGUGCAAGAACUAAAAAGAAGGACAGAUGACCAAACAAACCUCCUGAACAGAGAAGAAAAUAAAAUAUUCAAGAAUGCCAGGGAACUAGCAGAAAUAGAAGAUGAAAUAAAUCAGAUAGAAGUAGAAUUAGUAGAAAUGACAGCAGAAAAGACUAACUUACAGAAUGAAUUAAACAGCAGAAUUGAAACAAUCAAAGAAGGAGAGCUUCUUCUGGGUUUAUAUGAAGGAUGCGUGGGUAUUUUUAAAUAA